AUGAAGUUCUCAAAAGUUAUUCUAAUUCUUAUAAUAGAAUUUGUGCUGUCGAAUGAAAUCCAAGCUUGGAAAAAUAAUUUAUUAAUACCAACUCGAUUAGAAUGUGAUGCAAGCCCAGAAUGGUUUUCUAAUUAUACUUGCCAUAUUAAGCCAGUAUCAAGAACUAAAAAAAUAAUAGUUGCGUGGGGUAUAAUAAAGAAGCCGAUCAAUAAAGUUUUCAUGCAUGUCCAAAUUUUCAAACGUUUUAAUGGCUGGCAACCAUAUUUAAUUAAUGAAUCAUUUGAAGGUUGUGAACUUCUUGAUGGUAAAAAAAGCUCGAAUAGUUUCCAUAAUUACAUUUAUAAAAUUUCUAAACCACUUCUUGAUAAAUAUACCAACAUAAAUCAUCCAUGCCCUUACAACGGUACAGUUGAACUAUAUGAAGUUGAUUAUAAUAAAGUCGAUGUACCGGCUGCAAAAGGAACGGUAUUUCCAAGUGGUUAUUAUAAGGUUAUUGCAAAAGUACAUGAAGCGAAUAAUUCGAUUAUUGGGACUGGAGUUCUUCAAGGAAUUGUUAAAGAAAUUAAAAUUUAA